CAUAUUCCGGCACGACGAAACCGGAAUCUCUAUAUUCCUUCACUUUUCGCGGGUGCCAUUGCUCCUCCAAGAUCACACUAUGCAGAUCGUCUCAACUCUAGUUUGGGCCGCUCUCGGCCAGUCCGUCCUUGCCAACACCAGACAAUAUGCGCCUCUAAAUGCGCCCAGGAGAGCCGAGAAUGCCAAGCGGUUGCCCCAGCAGUCAGAGGUUCUCUCAUGUUCAGAGACUUAUGGCCCUGGCUCGAUGGCCUGCGGCAAGCCUGACCUGAGACUCUGCUUCAACCCUACGGCUGGCGAGUCUUGCUGUGGCGUCGAUGGCGGAUUUUGCGAGGCUGGCUUCCACUGUGCUCCUGUCCCGAGCUUCUGCUGCAAGGAUGGCGAGGACUUGGAGACGUGUGCUAGAAACGCCGGCUUCGCGCUUCCCACUGAAUACAGCGCGUGGCCCAUCUCGGAGAGCGUCACCUCUUCUGCCUCGGUCUCCGCCGUCACCCUUAUUGCCGACCAUUCGACGCUGUCCAGCAAUGGCACUGUGCACUCCUUCUCUCCCAUCACUGCUGCGGCGACCACCGCCACCAUAGACUGCGACGACGAGGACCUCACCACCUCCUUUAGAGAGCAGGUCCUGCCCGCGCUGACCAGCAGCACCACUUACGUGGCCCCUGCUACCACAUCUCACGUGGCCGCCGCCGCCACUGACGACGAGUACACCUUCUCCUUCGAGCCCGCGCCCACAAUCGCUCAGGUCCAACCCACGACAAACUACACCCUGCCCAUCAUCACCCCCGUCCCGCAGCCGUCCACCACCGUCAAGCCUAUCGUGGCGAUCGCCGGCGCCCCCUCUGGCGCCAGGCCGCCCUCGGCCGGCGGCGCAGGGUGGUCAUACGUGCUGGCUGUCGGGGCCGUGAUGGUCGUCAUGGCAUUUUGAGAGAAGGCGCUGGGCGGUGAAGUACAUGAGGGAUGAUAAGAAGUGGGAAAGGGGGAGCAGUGAUAGAAUUCGGUACAUUGGGAAAACUUUCUCACAAUUUUUCGCCACGGAGUUUUUCGUCUCGUUCCUUAAUACUCUUUCCUUUGUUUCAUCGGGGUCUGAAGAAGAAAAAAGGGAUUGUCACUGUAGUCGCGGCGCGCACGCCGGAUAUACGGCAUCCAUUUAUGAUACCGGGAAC